AAGCUUCAGGGUCUCAAGGUCAGAGGCGCUUCACUCGACAUUGACGGUUGCUCUCUCGAUAUCCCUUCUGUCGUCGCCGCGGCUUGGCAUGGACUCGCGCCUAACAUCAAAGCCGAUCCCCUUCUCAGACGCCGUCUCCAGGACAGCAUUCGCGUCCUCAACCGUCAUCUCGAGAAUGGCUGGAUCAUCUACGGCGUCAACACGGGCUUUGGCGGUAGUGCCGACUCCCGCACGGAACAGUUGAACAAGCUCCAAGUCGCCCUCCUCCAACAUACCCAGAGUGCCAUCAUCACCUCCGACGACAAGGCCGGUCGUACCGAUCGAGAUGGCCAGUCUCACGUCAUCCCAGUUUCCUGGGUAAAAGCCGCCAUCCUGAUACGCGCGAACCAGAACCUACGAGGUCACAGUGCUGUCCGAUUGGAGGUCAUCGACAAGCUGCUUCAGCUGUUGUACCACGACAUCACGCCUCUGGUCCCCCUCCGCGGCACCAUCUCCGCCUCGGGUGACCUCAUGCCCCUUUCCUACAUCGCUGGCACCUUGACCGGGAACCCCGACAUCUUCGUCCGUCUCGGCAGCGACUCCGACUCCGACUCCCACGCCACCGGCCACCGCAUCGUUUCGUCUCAGGUCGCCCUCGAGACCAAGGGCCUCACUCCCGUCGAGCUGGGCCCCAAGGAAGGCCUCGGUCUCAUCAACGGCACAGCCCCGUCCGCCGCCCUAGCCGCCCUCGUGCUCCACCAGGCACACCAGCUUGCCCUUCUGGCCCAGUCCCUGACCGCCUUCACCGCAGAGUGUCUCUCGGGCAACGUCGAGUGGUCUAACGACUUCAUUCAAGCCAUACGUCCGCACCCGGGCCAGCAAGAGGCCGCUCGGACCAUCAGAGCCCUGCUAGGGGGCUCAACUUUCGUCGUCGGGCUCAACGGCGAGGACAAAAGGCGCACGGGCGACGGCCUCUGGCAAGACCGCUAUUCGACCCGUACCGCGCCGCAAUGGAUCGGCCCCUACCUGGAAGACCUCCUCCAAGCCCGGCGCCAAGUCGAGCUGGAGCUGAACUCGACGUGCGACAACCCGGUCAUCGAAGCGGAUAAGAAUGAAGUCUACUCGGGCGGCAACUUCCAGGCCACCGUCAUCACUUCCGCCAUGGACAAGACCAAGUCGGCCCUCGUCAUGAUCGGCCGCAUGCUCUUCGCCCAGUGCACCGAGCUCAUCGACCCGGCCCUGAACAACGGCCUCGACGCUAACCUCGUCUUCGGCGACCCCCACGACUCGUACACCAUGAAGGGCCUCGACGUGAACAUGGCUGCCUACAUGUCCGAGCUCGCCGCCCUCGCCCACCCCGUCUCCGCCCACGUCCUGCCCGCCGAGAUGCGUAACCAGUCCAUCAACUCGCUCGCCUUCCUCUCCGCCCGCCGCACUGCCGAGGCCCUCGACCUCCUUGCCCAUAUAUGCGCCGCCCACCUGUACGUCUGCUGCCAGGCCGUCGACCUGCGCCACUACCACCGUCGCUUCCUCGCCCACCAUGUUCUUCACCUGGCCCUUGAACCCUCUUCCUCCCCCUCGUCGUCAUUAUCCUCCCUGGGCUUAUCGCCAGAAACACGCGCCAGUCUCUGCCGCGACCUACGGGAUCUGCUAGUCCGCAGAUGGCACGAGGCGAACAGAAUAGGGCACAUCGAACGAUGCAAGCACGUCGCCUCGGACCUCGCCUCAUUCAUUCUCACCACCACCGUCGAACAAAAGGAAGGUAUCGACCCCGUCACCGUCGCCCAGGCCGUCAUCUCCUUCCAGAAGACGCUGCAUCGGGACAUGCAAAGCUGGGUCACUGACCCGGUCAACGAUCCUGAUCCUCCUCCUCCUUCUUCUUCUUUUGCUACUGCUACUGCUACUGCUACUGCUACGACGACUCCCGGAAUCAAAAUACCCGAGGGCUUGGGCCGGGGUGCAAGUGAGUUAUAUCGUGUCGUUCGCGGCCUUCUCGGUGUUGGGUUCCACCGCGGUCUCAGGGGCAGCAGCACCAUCCAGGACAGCGGCGUAGGAAAGACCAUCGGCACCGACGUCAGUACCAUCUACGAGGCGAUUCGCGACGAGACAGUCAUGGAUACACUGAUGCCC